AUGAGUGGAUUCCUCCUCAUGGGGUUUUCUGACAUUCGGGAGCUACAGAUUUUACAUGCUCUGCUGUUCUUGGCAGUGUACCUAUUAACCGUAGCAGGUAACCUCAUCAUUAUCAUCAUCACCACAGUAGACCAGCAUCUCCAAACCCCAAUGUAUUACUUCUUAAAACAGCUUUCCCUCCUGGACCUUUCCUUCAUUUCUGUCACGGUUCCCCAGUCCAUUCACAAUUCUCUGAUGGAUGAUGGCUAUAUUUCCCAUGGUCAGUGCAUACUCCAGGUUUUCUUCUUCACAUCUUUGGCUUGUGCUGAGUUCACUAUUCUCACAGUCAUGUCGUAUGACCGUUAUGUAGCCAUCUGCUUCCCACUGCACUACGAGGUCUUCAUGGAUCCUAGUAAGUGUCAGUGGGCUGUGAUAACUGUAUGGCUAAGUGGAAGCAUCUGUGGAAUCUUGUACACAACAACCACAUUCUCAAUCACCUUCUGUAAAGCCAAAAUUAUUCACCAGUUCUUCUGUGACGUUCCUCAACUGCUAAAGCUCUCCUGCUCCAAUGAUUACCUUGCAGUGAUUGGAUUAUAUGAAAAUGCUAAAAUUUGA